AUGGAUUUGGUAACAGCGAUACUGCUCUUCAAUCCCUAUCGAUCCCAACUAAAGCAUAGGGAAGUCGUGAAAUACAAGCGAUGGAUUUAUUUUCAUUUACUUCAACGCUAUUUACUAUUGAAAUACCGGUCGGAAAGUGAAGUGAAAUCAAGACUCCGACAACUGAUUUGUGCUGUUUGUGGAGACAAUGCUCGGGGAUAUAAUUUCAAUGUUAUGUCGUGUGUGUCGUGUAAGACAUUCUUCAAGAGAAAUGCCAUUACAAACAAAGAAUUUAAAUGCAAUUACAAUAAUAACUGUGAAAUAAAUGCAUUAAAGCGGAGAUUCUGUCCAAAAUGUAGACUCGAUAAGUGUUUCGCAUCGGGAAUGAGAAAAGAGAAAUUAUUCAAUAGUGAACAGAAAGCUAUGAGAAUAAACAAAAUGCAAGAAAAUAAAAGAAAGCGAAUGAUAACUAUUCCUGAUUUGGUUAACAAUGAAUUUACUGAUAAAUCCAGUAAUUGUCUGCGAGAAUUAAUGAAUGCCACAAAUGUAUUACAAAUCAGUUCCGGAAGAAUAAUCACAGAAGUAAACACAUAUUUGGACGAAAUGGUCGCUAUAGUGAAAAAUGCCGAACAAUUGGUCCAAAGACUGGUCGUAAUGUGCAAAAUGUUGCGCGGAUUCAACACCAUCUGCGCCAACGAUCAGAUCGCUCUCCUGAAGUACGGAUCAAUUGAAUUGUGUUCAUUGAGACAGUUUACGGGAUAUGACUCCACCAAUCACUACCUCUCCAUCCAUAGCGAUAACGACAAUUCAAUUCUCAUUAAGUUUAAUGGCAUUAAAAGUGAGAAACUGUAUUUGUUUGAGGCAUACGAUCGCUAUCGUACUCUUCAACCCAGAUCGACCAAAGAUUAUACAUAA